CGUAGGACUCACAGAUGUAGAAUUUAAACGAAUGUUGCCGAUGAACAUUAAAAAAUGGAAGUGUCCAAAGUGCAAAGUACCCAAAAAACAGCUGACGCCGAUAGCUACAGGCAGGCCAAAGUCACCGGUGAUAUUAAAUGAGGACCGAGAUGAUAAUGGGGAAAAUUUACCAUCGAUAGUUAGCAUCGACACGACGGCAUUGCUGCGAAACAUGAAUAGCCAAUUUGAAAAUAUGUCCAAGGAAAUAGCAGACAUGAAGGCCAGUUUUAACGAACAAAUGAGUGAGUUAUCAUCCUCUAUCAAGAACUGGUCGGAAAAGUUCGGCGAACUAGAAAAAAGUAUGGAGAACUAGCAGACUUUAAAGAACAAGCUGAAAAGAAGAUGAUAGCCUUGGAGAGAAAAAAUGUCUUCUUACAAAAGUAUAGUGACGCGCUGGAAGAGAGAGUGGAGAUCCUAGAGCAAAGAGAGAAAGAGAAGGUCGUGGAGCUGGCCUGCGUGGAUGAAGCAGAAAAUGAAAACUUGGAAGAAGUAGUAUUGUCAAUCGCUCAAAACCUAGACCUCAAAGUUGAUGACAUUGACCAUAUAAAACGAGUAGGUUCCCCACUGAAGAAAGCGGCAGGCGCUCAGUCUGGCGAGCAGCGCCGCCGCCGGGCGCGGCCGAUCAUGGUCACCAUGCGCACCAGGGCGGCCCGGGACCAGUGGAUGAGCAAACGCAAGACCCGUCUCACAAAUGGUACAAUUUACGGAAAUAAUAGCAAUCAAAGAAUAUACCUGAAUGAGGACAUGACAAGACAUAAACGUCAGCUCUUUUGGUCAGCCAGAAACCAGCUGAAACCAACAUAUAAGUAUGUAUGGUUCCAGAGGUCCAAUAUAUUAGUUAAGAAGAAUGAGGAGGAAGGUAAAAUAUACAACAUUAAAUGUGAAGAGGAUAUAAAAUCUCUAAUUGAUAAAACUGUAAACAACAGCAAGUGAACAAUACGCAGAGAUAAG